UCAAAGCAAGUCCCCAAUUUUCUAAAUAUAUAUAUAUAUGGAGAGAGUAAGAGAGUUGGCAUCGAAGAAAGCUGCAGUGAUAUUCACGAAAAGCACGUGCUGCAUGUGCCACAGCAUAAAGGCAUUGUUCUACGAUUUAGGGGCGAGUCCAGCUGUGCACGAGCUGGAUCAAGAAACGAGGGGAAAAGAAAUGGAGUGGGCUUUGAGAGGUAUUAUGGGCUGCAAUCCUACGCUGCCAGCUGUUUUCAUCGGUGGAGAAUUCAUCGGCUCUGCCACGGAUGUUAUAUCCCUUCAUGUUGAUGGUUCACUAAAGCAGAGGCUCAUUAAUGCUAAGGCUAUUUGGUUCUAGUUUUUUUUAUUAACAGUGAAAAGAAAAGAAAAAAAAUCUUCAGUAGCAUGAUCUAUAUAUAUAUACCAGUGAAGCUCGCGAGUUUUAGUUUAAUGGCUUCUCUGGUUUUCUGUCGAACUUUUGUAACCAUGGGCUUAAAGUCCACUUUUUGGUGACUUUUGCUUUACUGAAGAAAUCUGACUUAAUCAAAGCUUUGCUGUAUUAAAUUUUCUUAUGCCUUAAAAACUCACAGAAGCUUAUGUGUUUUAAAUUUUAACCUAAAUAUUGCACAUUCAAAUUUAUAUGGAUGAAAAUUAA